GCGGCGCUCACCGACAUGGCCGCAGCCGCGCCGCCGGAGCCCCGGCUGCUGCUCGUCCCGCUGCUGCUGCUGCUGCUUCUGCUGCUGCCGCCGCCGCCUCCGAGCCCGCGGUGCGCCGCCGCCGCCGUCGCCCCCGCGCCCGACCUGGGCCGCCGCUUCGCCGAGCGGAAGCGCUGCGCCGACCUCGAGUGCAGCAUGUUAAUGUGCCGUGGGAAGGCCGUGCGGGAUUUUAAAGGUCCGGAUUGUCGCUUUGUAAAUUUUAAGAAGGGAGAAGCAGUGUAUGUAUAUUAUAAACUAAUAGGAGAAUCCACUGAGCUUUGGGCUGGAAGCCUGUUCUCAGAACUCUUAAGUGCAAGCAUUACUCUGUGUAGAUCAUAUCUGGUUGGAAGUGAUUUUGGAUAUUUUCCAAAGGAUUUACUUGAAAUAAAUCAUAACUAUUCCAAUGAGGAGCUAGAAUUACCAACAGAUGAAACAGACUUUGUUUGCUUUGAUGGAGGAAGGGAUGAUUUUGAUAAUUAUAAUGUGGAUGAACUUCUGAAGUCAUUGCAAGAGACAAUAGCAAAAGAAGGGGAAACUGAAUCGAGUGAUGCAGGGACAAAACCAGCUGAAGGAAUUGAAAUUGAGAAGGAUAAGGAAGCUGAACAGACUGAUAGAGGAAAGUCCCUUGGUGCUUUGGAGACAGACAGUCUUGAGCAAAGUGCUGAAGAAGAAAAGGAAAACUUUGUCUUGACAGACAAAGUUGACAAUUCUCAUACAGAAGGAACUGACAAUACUGGGGAAGACUCCAGUAUCAAUAGUCACAAAGAAAACUCUCAGGGAGAUCAAAUUGCACAUGAGCACUUGAAAGGAAUGCUACAUGGAAAAUUAAAAGGGCUAGAAAGUGAAAGUACCAAAAACACUAGUAUUCCUCAGGGUGAAACCAGCCAACUUGACGAAGAGAAUGAAGUCAAUGCCUAUACACUUUUAAACAGAGAGCUCUCUGUGAAUUUAAAAACAAAAUUUGGCUCAACUGCUGAUGCUGUUGUAUCAGAUGAUGAAGUGACUCGCCUUGUUACAUCACUGGAAGAUGAUUUAAAUGAAGAUUUGAGCAUUAAUCCUCACAAUGAAGAGGAGGAGCCAGAGUUUGCAGAUCAGUCUGCAGAAAUCCCUUUGCUGUCUUUUUUGGCAGAGGAUGAAAUUACAUUCCCUGUGGACUUAGAAGAUGAUGGAAAUGAUGAUGUUGAGUCACAAAAUCACAAACCUGAUGAAGAUGCAAAGGGUGCUACAAAGCUAAAUAAACGAAGAGAAAAUGGGGAGGAAUGCAAUUCAGAUGCAUUAAUUCUUAAGGAUGCCUUCAGUAAGAGCAGGAAUUCGGGUAGCAGUUUAAGUGUAGACAGGUCUGAAUCUAGACAAACAGAAGAGAAACAGGAGGAGGUGGUGCUAAUUAGUAAAAGAGAAGCACCAGCAACAACUCAGCCUGAGGAUGUCUCCAAAGAACUCCUUGGAAAGGAACCUGUGGGUAGAGGUGAUCUGGGUUCAAAAGAAAAAGCCAACAAAACUGAACAGCUGGAAGAGCAGCUCACUGAUGGAACAGAGUCACAUUCUGGAGCACCGAAAGGUAUAGCUAUGCCUGAUCCUCAUGCUUUGCCUAGUCCAGGCAGUGCUCUGAAGUCCAAAUCAUUUCUUGAAAAUAAGGAAGAUGCUUCAGAACCAUCUGAUGAUGAUAUCAACGAAAGUCCUGAAAGAGUUCCACUUGCUCCAAUAGAGAAAAGUGAGAAACAGUUUGAGGACAAUACCUCGGAGGAGUCCUUGGAAAGUGAUUUAAAGUACAAAAGACCAUGGGAGAAAACAAUGGAGAAGGCAGAAGCUGAGAACAAGCCUCCAGUUGAUGUUUCAGCAAAACCAGUGGAAGAAGUAAAAAAUGCAUCUCAAGAUGACUUAGGAGAUACUGACCUCUUGAGACAGAAAGUGGAGCGUGGAAUGCCUGUUGUGGAAAAAGAACUUCUCAAACAUGAAGAAGAUUUAAAACAAGCAGGGAAAAUUGAUCAUGAAAAUAAAAAUCCUGCCUCUUCUAACAAAGAACUGGAAAUAAAAAAGAGAAACAUGAAAGAAACCCCUGCAGAGGAAGGAGACUCAACCUAUAGUGGAGCUGUUGAGAAACCUAGGCCAUGGGAAAAUAACACUGAGUAUUCAGAGGCAGAUAUGAAUGAAAAACUUUCAAGAAAUCCUGGCAAGAUGCCAGUGUUUAAAGAAAGCACUGAGAAAAGUUCCCCUGAAGAAAAAUCAAAAAGCACUAAGCAGAACACUAAUACAGAUAAUCUUACUCAUCAAGGAACUGCUCAUCCUGAGGAUGCAGGAUCAGACAGAAAUCUCGGCAAAGAUUUGGCUAAAGAAACAACACAAAGAGCAGAACUGCAUUCUGAUGAUGAAGAUGACCCUGACCUGAAACAAGCGGAUGAUGAGCUACUGGAAGAUGAGAAUGCAGCAAGUGCAAAGUUGUCACAAGCAAGUGCUGCAAAUGCCCAGGGUAAUACACUAGGUGGUGAAAAUACAAAUCCUGAAUUAGGACUCAGUGAAGCUGUUUCAGGAACUCCAAAUCCUACUUACAAAACAGGAGGGGUUUCAUUCCCUAUGGAGGAUAAAACAAUCAGCAUGCAACAUGCAAGCGAGAUUGGGAACAAAGAAGUUGACGUAUCAGUAAGAAAAGAUGCUAAAUUGGAUGAGAUGCAACAUGUCAUGGAAGCUGAUGAGGAGUCUUCUGAACCUGAGGAACCAUCAGCUCUCGAAGAACAUAAUUUCCAAUCUCCUCACACAAAAGACAGCAAUGACUUUGACCAAAGGAAAGAUCAUCUCCCAGAGGGCAUUUCACAGAAAGACUCAAAAGAGGUGCAAAAUUUAGAGCAAACAAGAAAUGACCACCAGCAAUCUGCAUAUGUCCCCAGCCCUGCAGACAGCUCAGAAGCCACCAAUGACAUGGUGACAGACUUCAAUGAAUCUGUGAAGCGGCUCUCAAUAAUGAGAAAGUUCCUGGAUGAAAAGCGCAUGAUGCGCCUACAGAAGUACCUUGGGCUCCAACACGUGGUUAGGGUUGAAGCCAUGUUCCACGACAUGAAGGCGGAGAUGGAGCUUGCUCGGAAGGCGAGCCAGAAUAACGAAGAUAUAGAGAAAGCUCUGGACGAGAUACUGGAGUUUUCAGAAUUGAGCAUUAUGGAUGUUGUAGGAAAAGUUCUGGAUUCCAGGGUGGCAGAAAAUAAGGAGGAGGUGGUGAAGGAGAUGGAUUUGUAUGAUGAGGAGAGUGCACUGAUGGAUGAUAUUCAAGAGUUAAUAUAUUCAUUAAGAAGUAAAUAUUCAUAUGCUAGUGAGAGUGUCCCACUUGCUUCUCCUCCAGAACAGGAAGAUGACCAGCUGCACAUUCAAGAUGGUGCAAAAGAGGCUGAAUAUGACAGUGUUUCCACCAGAAACCCAAAUACCAUUGAUGAGGGCAAUCAGGAAUUUCUGCAGCUCAUUGAAGAUAAGAGGCCAGAGCAGCCUAUUGAAGAGGAGGACGAGAGGGCUGUCAGUGUUCCACCUAAGGAUGAAGAGGCCAACUUCUCAGAUAAUGGAGAAGCUGAAGAAGGGUAUGAUAGUGAAAAAGGAUCACUCCUGGAAGAUACUUCUUUUGAGUCAGUUGAUUCAGGAGAGAGUGCCAGCGAACACAUUGCUGAAGGUACCGAUGCGGGCUCCGCCUGGCGGGGGGCCCUGGCCGAGGCGCGGGAACUGCUGCGGCGAUUUGUUGCCACGCUGCCUGAGGAAAUGCGUCCUGGGCCUGAUUUCCAUGGACUUCCAUGGGAGCCCGUUAUUAUAACUGCCUUAGUGGGAAUUGUCACACUUGCUAUAUUUUUCUGGAGAACCUGCCUUUCAGUAAAGAGUAGAAUAUAUCAAGUGACUGAAGAGCAACUUGCUGAAAAGAUUAAAAACCUUCUGCAAGAAAAAACAGAAAUCUUAGAAAAGCUGUCAGAAUACGAUCAAAAGAUAAAGGAAGCAAAGGAAUCUGUGAAAGUGACCCAAGAACAAAAAGACAUUCUCUCAGAUGAAACUGCAGGGCUUAAGGACACUGUAAAAGAAUUGGAAGAAGCAAAUCAGCAGCUAGAUAACAAAGUGAAAAAUUUGCACACCAUGCUUGAAACAGAGAGAAAAAAGAAUGAGAAGAAACAGAAAAAGCUCUCUGAAACCCAGAAGUCCUUGGAGAAGCUUCAGGAAGCUAUCACUAUGCAUUCUGCAGAGCUUUCAGAGGUGCAGAUAGCCCUUAAUGAAGCUAAACUGAGUGAAGAAAAGGUGAAAUCUGAGCUUCAUCAUGUGCGGGAAGAGAAUGCUAGACUGAAAAAGAGCAAGGAACAGCUGCUAAAAGAAGCUGAAGGUUGGAGUGAGAGGCACUCUGAGCUCCGUGAGCAGAUUCAACUGUAUCAGAAGUCUCAGAAGGACAUAGAGGAGACACUUGCCUACAAAGAAAAUGAAAUUGAAGUUUUAACCAAUUGCAUUAUGCAGCUGAAGCAGCUGGACAUGGAUUCAGAAGCCAAGAAGGAUGACAGAGGGCAUGAGUGGAGCCCAGAGGAUGAUCUGGCCAAUGGAGAGUUAUCAGAUAUUGAGAGUGAGAAGAUGAAGACUCAGAUUAAGCAGUUGAUGGAUGUCUCCAGGGUCAAAACAAUGUUAUCCAUAGUUGAAGAGGACAGAAAUCUUCUGCAGUCCAAACUGAAUGAUGAAGUUGCAGCAAGGCAUGAGCUGGAAGAGAAGAUAAAAACUUUGGAACACGAUUCCUCUUCACUGCAUACAGCCAAAACUCAACUGGAAAAUGAAUGCAAAACUCUUCAGCAGAAAGUGGAGAUACUUGGUGAACUGUACCAGCAGAAGGAGAUGGCACUCCAGAAAAAACUAACCCAGGAAGAAUACGAGCGUCAGGAGAAGGAGCAGAAAUUGUGUGUUGCAGAUGAAAAAGCUGUGCUGGCCAUUGAGGAAGUGAAAGUUUACAAGCAAAGGAUCCAAGAUAUGGAAGAAGAAUUGCAAAAAACAGAGCGAUCUUACAAAAACCAGAUUGCUGCUCAUGAGAAAAAGGCUCAUGACAACUGGCUCAUUGCCCGCUCUGCUGAGAGAGCUCUGGCUGAAGAGAAAAGAGAAGCAGCCAACCUCAGACAGAAAUUAAUAGAGGUAAACCAAAAAAUCAUCAUGCUUCAAAGACCAGUCAUUGUAAAGCCAACUCCAGGCAGACCUGACCACCAGAUCCCACCACGACGAGGGCCCUUAAGCAGAGAUGGCUCUUCUGGCCCAUCACCUGUGAGUGGAGGAAAUCCAUCCCCUACACAGAUGAUUGAUGUCCCUGCCCGGCCCCUCUCUGCUCCUCGAAGGGAAGGUGUGAGGGGUGAAUUUGGUACAAUGGUGGAUGGCCCCCCUGCCCCACGAAGGCCUCCAGAGCUGCCUGGAAGGAUGUCUGUUCCUGAUAUUGGGCCUGCUGUGGCAUCCCUAAUCAGCAGUGAGCCAAGAACCUCUUCCCCUUCCACAACAAUUGAUGGAGUGCAACCCUCUCCCAAAGAGUCUGAAGCUCCCAGUGUAACUACAGAUUCACCUUCCUCCAUGGAACUAGCUGCAGAUAACGCUUUCGCCAAAGGCCCCUCUCCUUUCCCUGGGACACCUCUGAUGAGCUCCCCAGUGAUGGGGCCUCCACCACCACCACCCAUUUGCUACGGACUGCCAGGACCACCACCUCUUCCUCUGCGGGGGCACUUCGGGCCUCGGCCUCUCCCUGGGCCUCCAGGUUGUGGUCCUCCCUUGCCACCUCCAGCUGGUAGAGAUUUCUUACCUAGUCCACGUUUGCCUCCUGGCCCACUCCCACCUCCCCCUGAUCCCAGAGGCUACGCACGUGGGCAUCCUCCCUUCCGCCCCCUCAGCCCUCCUGGCCCCAGGGAUUAUCCUCCAGGCCCUCGGCUACCCCUGCAGGCUUCCAGGGACUAUGCUCCUUCUUCCAGCAGAGACUUGCCUCCAUCGGCACCCAGGGACUGAGGGCAGCUGGCCCCGAGGACUACGCACAUCCCCAGCGCAGGAUCCCUGCCUGCAGCACCCAGUCAGCCCCACAGACCCGGCUCCUGUGUGCACAACUCUAGGAAAUGGCUCUUGGUUUGAAGACAUUGGUGUCAUUUCAGUAUAUCUCAGCUUUUGCAGGAUUAAUUUUUAUCCAGUUGCUACAGAUGUCUUACAUGCAUUUAUGAUCACAAACUCAUCCAUCCACUUGGGCUGCAAGAACUUUUCUGUAAUGGACUUAACCUACUCUAAAAGUGCAAUAGGAAGGAAGUACCUGUGAAGAGCGUUUUAAUUCAAUGUAGCCUUUGUAACCAGUUGGCGAAUGAACUAAUUUAGUUAAAAAUGUAUAUCAAAUCAUUUCCUGUGGAAAUAAUUUUUUAAGUAAAAUGCUAUCCAACCUGCCUUCUCCAUUAACACCUUCUCCUUCCCCAGUAACAUCAUUGAGCUGCAGUUACUGUAGACCAGGGGUUUACAUAAGGACUUUGAGGUUCUGAGUUUUUUUUAAAAAACGUCUGGUCAGAGAUCAGAAGCACAAAUGACACUGUAUUCAAAGGAAAGUUAUAAUAAAAAGCAAAAUUCCUUUUGCUAAACCCCAAA